AUGCACGAAUACAUCACUGGAAUAAGUGGAGAGUAUUACAAAUACAAAGCUAGCAAUUCUCACAUUAGAUCUCUCAAAUUCACUACCAACACUAGUGAAUACGGUCCUUUUGGUACCUCCGGUUCCAGCUACGAAAAAUUAUCUUUUAAACUUGGGAAAUCUUCUCACUUUCGCAGUUUCCAUGGGACUUAUGAUGAUGCAUCCGGACUACACUACAUCGGUGUUUACCUCAGACCAAAGACAGUCCAACCCAAAAACGAUAAAAACAAUGGAGAAGGAAUGGAGUCAAAGAGUGUCUUGGGCUAG